UCACUUUGAUUUUGACUAUUAAACUUGUUAGCACUUCACAUGAGAACUGCACCUUCUAACUGCUUUUAUUAUCCACUACUUCUACCAUCAUGUUCUCCAUUUCACCAUUCGCACCCUCUUCCAUUCCGACUUCAACUGUUGUCAAGUUGGAAACUUUUUCGCUGAAAAAUGGUGGGUUUAUCAGAAUUAGAGGUGCUAAUGCUGUUUCAAAGGUACCUAGAAAUCCAAAAUCAGCAAUAUGUUGUUCUGUUUCUGCUUCGGGGGAUGCCAAUGCCUCUGUUCAGACUGAUGUUCCUUUCCCUUUUGAUUACUCUGAGCUUCUGGAACAGGCUGGAGUUGCAGUGGAAUUGGCCAUGAAGGAUAACAAAAAGCUGAUGGAAAUUGAGUUUCCCACUGCCGGACUCACAUCCGUACCAGGUGAUGGUGAAGGUGGAAUAGAGAUGACCGGAAGCAUGCAAUUGAUUCGUGAAUUUUGUGACCGCUUCAUUUCAUCCGAGAAAACCACGCGAACAAGAAUAUUUUUUCCAGAAGCUAAUGAAGUCGACUUUGCUAGACAAUCCGUCUUCAGUGGAGCUUCUUUUAAGUUGGACUAUUUGACAAAGCCUUCAUUCUUUGAAGAUUUUGGUUUUGUUGAGAAAGUAAAAAUGUCAGAUAGAGUGAAGGAAGAAGAUGAGCUUUUCAUAGCAGCUUACCCGUAUUUCAAUGUCAACGAAAUACUUGUUGUGGAAGAACUUUACAGAGAAGCUGUCUUGAAUACUGAUCGGAAACUGAUUGUUUUUAAUGGUGAACUCGAUCGUAUCAGAUCUGGGUAUUAUCCACCGUUCUUUUACCCGAAGCUAGCUGAACUUACGAAGUCCUUUCUACCUUCGAUGGAAACUGUGUACUACAUUCAUAAUUUCAAGGGUCGUAACGGAGGAGUACUUUUCAGGUGCUAUCCGGGUCCUUGGAAGAUUCUGAGAAAAGUGGGGAGUAGUAAAUAUGUUUGUCUACAUCAGCAGGAUACUAUGCCAUCCCUCAAGGAAGUUGCUCUUGAUAUUCUUCCAACCAAUUGAUGUAUCUGUAAUAAUAGUAAUGAAUGAAGAAAGAAAGAUUAAUGAAAAGAAAACUUACAAAAUUUUGUGUACUGAUGAGCAUCAGGGGUUGGUCUCCAGCUUCUUCUUCUUCUUAGGAGAUCAAGAAUGAUGUCAACAGUUGCCAUCUGAUGAUCGAAGGAUUGAAGGCUGUGGCGAAUAGAAUUGGCAGCUUCUAGUGUUCAAAUGGUGUUUAUAGUAUUUGAAUAGCUACCAAGUUGUUGCUGACUUGCUGUAUAGUUUAGAAAUUCAUAUAAAUUCAUGAGACAUACAAGUUUUCUGUGUGUUUUGAAAAGCGGUUUGGACCGUCUCGUUGAACCGGUCGAACUGAGACUUGGAGAAAUAAUUAAGUAUCAGCUGACUAUUGAAUCGAUCAUGUAAUCGAAACAGUGGAAACGAGUCAAAAUUGGAAGGAAAAAAAUAGAUGAACGGGGAGUUUAUAUAACUCGGAGGGGUUAAUGUUCUCUGUUCUCUCUGUUUUUUUUUCUUCUUACAAAUCAAAACAACCGCAUUUUAUAAUUAAAAAAAUACCUAACAAAAUUUCAAAAUAGAAAGUAAAUUUUAAAAAAGAGGAGAAAAUAGAAAACAUACCAAAGAAAAUUGAAAAAAGGUUUAGGCAAACAUAAAGAAAAAGG